GGAAAACUAGUUAAUUAAUCACUUAAUUCUUCCCCACCAGACUCUGGUCCUUAAACGCCACAUGUCAUCACAGGCAGGAGGGCGUUCCUCCGGAGAAACACACCGACUCACUGGAGCGAAUACCGCCGGCGAGCAGCGUCCUUCACACCGAGCCGCUGUCACCGCUUUGUUGUUGUUUUGGCUUUUUCAUCGACAGUCUUAAGCCCCGGGAUCCGGGCCCUGCACGCUGGUGCUGCUGGUACCACUGCCGGCUGGGGGGGGAGGAGGAGGGGGGCAGACUCUGAAGACAUGCAGGCGAACCGUCUUCGCGGAGGGAGAGAGCAGUAGGACGUGGUGGUUUCACCUGUAGAAUGGACCCGGCUCUCACUGGAGGGGAAAUGUCACCUUUGUGUGUGCCGAGGAAACGAAGAUCCGCCCAGUCCCAACCCCGAGGGGGGGCGCCGACUCCAGUCGUUCAGCGGACACCGGACAGAAGCUCGAAUGCCGUCGUGUUUCCCAAGGGCGAAGGUGCUCAACCCCAAGAGGCUCCGAAGAUGAAGAGGACGUACGGGAGGAAGAGGUAUGAGGACCUCCAGGGUGCUUCCGUAGAUUACCCAACCGCCAGCUGCUCAGUGAUGUCAUCCGUUGGGCCGGCCAAUGGGGCAGACCCAGGGUCCAUGGCCCCGCCCACUGCAAGGCUGCCUCCGAGACUGGCGGGAAAGGAGGCGUGGCCGCAAGGCCCCAAGGCCGGCGGGGAGCCCCCCCAACCUCCGGACCACGGCUGGAGCUCAGGCAGGGACCGGGGCCCCGACGCCUGGGCCCCGGGUCGGGACCGACCCCAGGAGCAGGUUUGGAGCUCCGGCAGGGACCGGGCGGGUCACUCCAGUCAAGAGCAGACGUGGAUCCCGGGCCGGGACAGGGCCCACGUCGGGCCGGACCAGGCCUGGGUGACGGGCCGGGACCGGGGCCCCGAGCAAGGCUGGGCGGCAGACAGAGAGCGAGGCCAGGACCAGGUCUGGAACGCGGGCCGGGAUCCGGGGAGAGACGGGCCGUCCUCCGGGCCGGAGCAGGCGUGGGGAAGUGGCCGAAGCCAAGACCCGGGAUGGAGCAGAGAUAGAGGGCACGUCUGGAGACCUGAGUUGAACAUGAAGAAAGUCUUACGAGUGGAGCUGGAGCAAAGCCCACCUGUCAACAACUUCUCCCAGCCACCAGAGGGGCGGGACACCUAUGCCGGCGUGGGCGAGGCCUCGACGGACCGGCCCACCGAGGACCAGAAGCCCCCCGUCCUCUCAACCAAGAAGGAGCCUCCCACCUAUCCUCCAGGAAGUCCGGAGGAGCAAUGGCAGCUCCAGAUUGUGGCCAAAGGCAGAGUCACAUGUCCGAAAUGUAGAAGUGUGAGCAGGAAGACUGUGGAGGGGCUGAAGAAGCACAUGGAGAACUGCAGACUGCAACCGUUCACCUGUCAGCACUGUGGGAAGCAGCUCAAGUCCUCCACGGGGAUGAAGUACCACAUCAUGGCGGACCACAGCCACCUGCCCUCGGCAGAAGACGCCAAGAACCUGGACGACCGGACCAUCAAGGACAAACUGCGUAAGAUCCUGAAGCGACUGGGCAAAUUAAAAUGCUCUAAAGAGGGCUGCAGCGCUGCCUUCACCAGCAUCAUGGGCUACGUGUACCACAUGAAGAAGUGUGGGAAGGAGGAGUCCGAGCUGGAGAAGAUGCUGCUGAGCUGUUCUCACUGCGGGAAGACCUACAAGUCCAAAGCCGGUCUGGAGUACCACCUGAGGUCGGAGCACGCCCCCACGCCGCUGAAGAGCGAGGAGGACGAGGCCCUGAAGGCCCAGAGGGAGGAGAACCCGGAGAGGACGGCGAGCGGCCGCGUGCAGCGAGCGUCGGCACAGGUGGCGAACUUCCAAAUGGCCGAGAUCGCCAACAACGACCUCCCCAAAGACUGGACCAAGAGGAAGUUCCAGUCGGACCUGGUGCCGGACGACAAAAAGUUGAAAUACUUCCGGCCCGGCCUGCCGGCCUUCAGCCAGGAGGUGCUGCGGAAGUGGAAGAACGAGGUGAAGCUGCAGAAGAAGGUCCACUGUCCCAACCAGGGCUGUGGCUCCACCUACACCAGCGUGUCCGGACUCAAAGCUCACCUGGGACUCUGCACCCGGGGCGACUUCGAGGCCGGUAAAUACCGAUGUCUGCUCUGCAACAAAGAGUUUCACUCUGAAAGCGGAGUGAAAUACCACAUCAACUCCGUCCACUCGCAGGACUGGUUCGUGACCAACAAGAAGGCCUCCAAGAAGUUUGAGAAGUUCCUCAAAAACCAGCCCAAGGAGUUCGUCCUGAACGUGGACAAGCAGAUCGUAGACCACUACCACCAGCAGCACCACCACCACCUGCAGGAGCAGCAGCAGCAGCAGCACCACCUCCACCACCUCCACCUCCACCAGCAGCCGGUGCAGUACCAGCCCAUGCAGCACCCUCUGCAGCCGCUGCAUCACCUGCAGCACCUCCACCCGGAGCACCACGGCCUCCACCUGCAGCCCGACGUCCAGCUCCACUACGCCCCCCUGGAGCCUCCACCCGGAACCGUGUGGGUGGAGAUGGACCGUGGGGAGGCCGGGGGGCCGGGGCCGGAGCAGGCCCCCAUCGAGAUGGACGUGGCGGAUGUUGAGAAACCCGGGGAAGAACAGGAGGUGGAGGAGGAGGAAGAGGAAGAGGGGAAAAGGAGAGGUAAGAAGGGGAGGGGGAAGGCUUUCAGUGGAGGAGGUGGAGGAGGUGGAGGAGGUGGACCAGAGGUGGAGCAGCAGCGGGAGCGGCAGAGACGGAUCGACCAGUGGAAUCUGAAACGUCCGGGCGUCAUGGAGCCCGUCCCCGAGGCUGGAAAGGCCCAAAGGAACACUUAAUUAAACUUAAAUAAAUAAUAAUAAUAAUUACAAAAAAUAAAAGGUAGAAGAAGAUGCCAACGUUAAUGGCGACGUAGAACCUUUUUAACAUUUCUAGAAGACGACAACGACUGAGACCUUCAAAAAGAACCUCACAAGUAGGACGUGAGACACCACACACACACACGCUGUGGUUGUCCUUUUGUAUAGCCUUGAGAAACAAAGUAGGGUAGUGUUUUACCUGUGUGUUUAUCUGUAACCGACUUUUAAUUAAAUGUCUUUUAUUCUUUUUUUAUUGACACUUUCGUGUUUACCUUUCUUUCUUUUUUUUAAUCAAAGGGGGAUCAUUUCAUUUUUAAGCGGCUGCUGCGGCGUCAUGUUCAUGAGACGUGUUGAGUGCCUCUCCGGUCUGAUCUGUAUUACUUAUCCACAGCUGGUUGUCGUUUCUGGUUUUAAAGUUCAAUACAAAGAGGAUUCAUCUGCACUGGGGUGAAAAGAACAUUUUCAAUAUUAUUAUUUUAGGAAAGCUAACAUACCAAGCAUUUAACUUGUUUUAUUUUCUGUUCAUUCAUCAAAAGGUAUUUAACCGUUGGCAUGUAGCCGGGUGUUUGUGCUCUGGUGGGGUAGGCUCUGGAUGGUCGUCAGUCGUUUGUGACGUUUUAGCACUAUUUCCCGUAUUAUUUUUCAUUUAUUAAUGUAUUUUGUUGUUGUGCGCUUUUAAAAAAAGGACUUAAGUUAUCAUUUGAAACCCAUUUAAAUCUGUUUAUCCAUCUUUAUCACUUCAUUUCCCUCCGUCAGAGGCCUUUUGGAAGCGUUUAGAAAUAGAAAACCUCCUCGUACGUGGGAAGUAUUUCAAAAAGUAAGUUAUAUUAUAUACGUAUAUAUAUUUAUAUUGUAUAUAUUUACUUAUAUAUAUUUGUAUUAUAUAUAUAUAUUUACUUAUGUAUAUUUGUAUUAUAUAUAUUUAUAAUAUAUUUUUAUAUAUGUGAUAUUAUAUAUUUAUGUUUGUAUUUAUAUAUAUAAUAUUUAUAAACACUGAGGGGGUCAAAUAUCCUCUACAGUUUUUACCACUUUAAUAAUAGUUUUAAUAAGUCUCCUGUUCAUUAUUCAUCACUGUGGUGGUGUUCUCCUGAAAUGAAGCAAUAUCUAACUGCAUCCUGUGACCACCAGAAACCAGCAAAGCCCCCCUCCCCCCCCAAAAUAGUAAAGUGAAUUUGAUUUUGUGAAUCAACUUUGUUGUUUGUUUACCUGUUUGUUUAUUUAUUGUCUGUUUGUAAACGGUCCUGAAGCUUCCUGUUGCUUGUUGAAAUACUUCCCAUGUGCUCUUCUGCUUGUGACCAAAUCGUUACCACCGUGCAUGCACUCUGAACUGUUUGGAUGGCACAUACACAACAACAACAUUGCUUUCGUCUCCUCAAAGUCCAAGAGUUGCAUGUUUUCAUUUGCACCCCGUUACUUCUCCGUCAGUAGAAGGUGUGUAUUUUAGUGCCAACAUCGUCACCUUCUGUUUGCAAUAGAAUCAAAACGAUUAUUCAAUAAAAUGAUAUCAAUGUU